GAGGCUGCGGAAAGAGGAAGCGGCAAAGCAGAGUUGAGCCAAAGAGGGGGGAGAGGUUCUGGGCGCGGUCCCUGUCAUUGAUCCGGGCUACUUCCCUGAAUGCUCCGUCUCUUCCUUCCCUCCUAGGGCGGAUUGGCCCUCGCUGCCUCCCUUGUCUAUGCGAAGGACGGAGCCCGAAGUCGAGCAGAAAGGGCAGCGCGGACGAGAGGGAGGGCUGAGCCGGGAGCCCCCGGAGAAGGUUUCAGGGAGAGCUCCUUUCCUAUCCGCUCCCAUCAUUGCUGUCCACGAGCGGCCAGAGCAUGGAAGCCGUCGCCAAAUACGAUUUCAAAGCCACUGCAGACGAUGAGCUCAGCUUCAAACGGGGGGAUAUCCUUAAGGUUUUGAAUGAAGAAUGUGAUCAAAAUUGGUACAAGGCAGAGCUCAAUGGCAAAGAUGGCUUCAUUCCAAAAAAUUAUAUUGAAAUGAAACCACAUACGUGGUUUUUUGGAAAGAUCCCCCGAGCAAAGGCUGAGGAGAUGUUGGGCAAACAGAGACAUGAUGGUGCCUUCCUCAUCAGGGAGAGUGAGAGUGCCCCUGGAGACUUCUCCCUCUCUGUCAAAUUUGGAAAUGAUGUACAGCACUUCAAGGUGCUUCGAGACGGGGCUGGCAAGUACUUCCUCUGGGUAGUAAAAUUCAAUUCUCUGAAUGAGUUGGUCGACUAUCACAGAUCAACCUCUGUCUCCAGGAAUCAACAGAUAUUCCUCCGGGAUAUUGAGCAGGUGCCUCAGCAACCCACAUACGUUCAGGCUCUUUUUGAUUUCGACCCUCAGGAGGAAGGUGAGCUGGGCUUCCGCCGUGGAGACUUUAUCCAAGUCCUUGACAAUUCUGACCCCAAUUGGUGGAAGGGAGCCUGCCAUGGACAAACAGGGAUGUUUCCACGCAACUACGUGACCCCAGUGAACCACAACAUCUAGAGCAAAUUAUUAAAGAUUAUUUAAGGAAACAGGAGAAACAGUAAAAUGCACAUUCAGAAUUUAACAGCAGCCAGUGAUCUCCAGUCAUCAGGCCAUAAAAUCUGAGUCACCUCUCUGCAUGAGAGGGAACACUUUUUUCCACUCAGUAUGGAACUUUGUGGGGAGGGGACAGGAGAAGGGUCCAACUUACGCGGCAAAACUUAACCUUUAAAUUAAAAUAGAUAUUAACAGAUUUCUUUGGUUACUUCUGGGUGGCCCCUUUUGUUCGCUCGUCCUUUCUCCCCCAACACUGACACACCAGUUUCAUCAGUGCAUGAAGUUUUAAUGCUAUAUGAAGUCCAUGCUAUGCCAUUAAAGGAAGUGGGGGGGAAGCUCUGCUGAUGUUUGCUAUUUACACAAACAGCCUUCCUGAAGGGACUGAGAGAGGAACCAAAUCCAUUUAAUAACAACGCACACAUGCCAAUUCUGCUUUUGCCUUCAGUAUUUUGCCUGGGUAAGAUAGGGUCUUAAUGUUUGUUCUUUGAUACCCUUCCAUCUGAAAUCCCAGCAGCUCCAGAGCAGAGGGAAGACAGUGUGGGGGGUUACCCACACACAAACAGUUUGCAGGCUAUUCUGAGAAAUUCUGUACUACAGCCAGAUCAUGUUCUCAUUAACCAUGACAGGUUUUUAAUUUUUUCUUAAGUGUGUGGUUGAGCACAUUCUCCAAUUUUUCCAUUAGUGCCUUUCCCUCAUUUCCUUAUUUUUUAAGUUAAAAGGACAGUCCAGAGCUUUCAGAUUCCCCCCCCCCCUGCUUUUAUGUAAAUAUUGAAGGGGUUGAAUGGGAGGGUUGUAGCUUUAUUAUUAAAUACAAAGAUCUCCAUAAUCCAUAUGGAGCUUUAAAAUGUGUAUAAGUCUCUGAUAUUCUUUAUUGGUAGGUGGGGAAAGGCAUAAAUGUUGUAUAAGAGGCAGGGCUAGGACCUGCCGCUAGGGGCCCUUGAAAUACAGAGAAAGAAGAUUGUACCAGUAUGAAAAAUGUGGCAUAUUGUAUGAAGCUGCCAUAUAGAGGAGGCUGAAUAUUUUGGAAUGUCCUCUGAAAUAUAUAGCUACUUUCCCCAAAAACAUUGCAGGGAGGGCUCACAAAGUUGUGCUUAAUCAUACUUAAAUUUCUUACGGAAUGUUUGAACAUGAUGCUUGGUGAUAUGCAAUCCAGUUCCCCUUUUAGCUGGCUGGCUCAAAAUUGCAAUCAGUUGUCAAAGAGAGGGAAUUUGGUAUGUUUUGUUGUACUCCUGCAAUUCCCUAUCUCCUCAUGCCAGCGUUACCAUAGUUGGAGGAGUUAUGUUCCUUACUCCCAGUUCACAGCAGGCUGUGUGGGGAAUUGUAUUUCAACAUUGUAUCCCCUGAUGAAACUCACUAAUGCCGUUCAUGGUCUUAUGAAUGGGUUUGGAUUCAAGACAGGAGAGCAACCUGCAGAGCUCUUGUGCCAAUACUCACCUUAUUUCCUUUUGCUGAGCCAUGUGGCCGAAACGUUCAUCCCAACCACAGAUCCCAAAGCCACCACAGAGAUCUCCUGUUCUGCUGAGAUGGAGAAAUUCCUGUGCUGGCGGGUGCCUUUUUAUACUAAGUGUUACAAGUGUGUUAUUCCUGAGAUGGACUCUGCCUUACACUUCCGUUUCUCCCAGCAGAUGAAAGAAAAAGCUAUCCUGUAGCGUGUUAAUUUCUCACCCUCUCCUUGCUAGCUAUCUUUCUCUCUCCCCCUCCCCCUACUUUCUUCUUUCUAAAAUGAUUGGAAAAGGAAUCUAUGGCAUUCUACACUUGGACCAUUUGAUUGUUUUCUUAUUUUGGAAUUGGUGUAUAUCAUGCAGCCUUGCAGACAUAAUGUCUUGUGUGUAUAUAUAUAUUAAAAAUCAGUGUUUAAAUAAAAACAGGCCUAUGUACGUAAUCCUUUAACUCAGCAGCAGCAUUUGGUAGAUAGUAAUUAACUGUGAAUAAUAAAUAUACAACGAAUUCUUCACUUGAA